UAGGGAAGCCUAUCGCCACACCUUGGAGUGCUAUCUCGCAGGACACAGAGGGGGAUAUUUUCUCAAUCCACCUCCACGAAAUCAACAUGGACUCCCCCUCCCCCCACGGCCCCUCCGCCCGCAACUCCCCCAACCCCGAUCAAACCAGCCUCCCUCACAGACCAGCCAAGCGCACGCAAUCAUCUGACUCCUCCGCAUCCACUGCGCAACAUACCCCCAUCCCCGACGACAAGCAUGGCGCCGAUCUACCGAUGAACCUAUCCGCCUCCGUGGUGUUGACCGGUCUGCCCCGUGAUGCGCAUCAAGCAUUGGCGGAUGCCGAAGCCGUAGACAAGGGCAAAGUCACGGUGCGAUUUCAACCUCUCCCCUCGGCCCCGAUUCUCAAAACCCGGGUCUUCAAGGUCAGCGCUUCGCAGAAGUUCGAGACCGUCGUCAACUUCCUCCGAAAGCGGCUGGACUGCAAGGAAACCGACUCGGUCUUCUGCUAUGUCAAUAGCGUCUUUGCGCCGGGGUUGGAUGAAGGGAUUGGGGGGCUAUGGCGGUGUUUCAAGACGGACGAGCAGCUCAUCGUUGCGUAUUCCAUGACUCCGGCUUUUGGAUGACAGACAUAUCCGGAGUCUAGGUUGAUGUUGAAGGAGUGAAGGACACGUCAACUGACCUUAAAGGCACGAUAAUCUUGACGAUAUUAUGAACAGAAUUUCCUAUGGGAAGAUGAUGAUG